CACAUUAUCGAGGAUGGAGACACACCAUUCCAUCUCUCCCUGAACAGUAUGGAUAACCUCACGGCGGCCGAUCUUUUUUCUCCCUCAAAGGCCCGCCAGCAGCGUGCCCAAGCGCAGGACUGGGCACAAAUCGACAAUUGGCUCAGCUACAAGUACGCCGGUCGGACGAUACCGAGCUUCGAGCGCAACGACGAGACAUUGAAAGUGUUGCGGGAAUUGUCGCUGGUAAAUGAGCGCUCCGAUGAGGAGAGAGCCGUCUACGAGAGAUUGGAGAGGGAGGCUCUGAAGGAGUUGAACGACAAACCUCCUCCGCCGGAGCUUCUAGCAGUCCUCCAGUCGUCCCUGCCGCCAUCCGCAUCCAAAACCCUCGCCGCCCUGGCCGAAACAGCCACCACCCUCUCCCUCCCCACCGCCGACCCUCAAGCAACGGCGCACGCUUUGAUUUCCCACACCACGACCUGCCAAACUCUUACAAACCACCUCACCCACAUCCAAACCCUACAAUCCUACGUCGAAAAACAGCACGUCCUGCUGAGACAGCAGCUCGCCGAACUACAGAACAACCCCGCAUUCAGGACACCGGAGAAUCUGCCACGCCAAACGAGCGAUAAUAUGAGACAGACGAAACAUUUGCGGGCCAAGAUACGUGAUGCCGAAGACCGCCUCAGCAAUCUCGAAUAUGCCGCCAAUGGUGGACAUUCGCGCCAGCGCUCCGUUUCAGGCUCAAUCACCCAUUCCCGCACACACAGCCGCACCAACUCCUUACACACUUCAGCCAGUACUACCCCCAUCUCGACCCUAGCGACAUCUGUAGAUGCACUAGCCGACAUGUUGGAAGCGCAGAAAGAGCUGGAAGCAUUGAAAAAGGCGGUUGAGGCGGUGGAGAAAGAGGUAGAUGAGUUUGCCGGACUGCCGGCGGAGAGAGAGAGUGCGAGGAGGGAGGUGGGGAGAUUGGAGGUGGAGCUCGAUACUCUUAGGAGGAGGAGGGAUGGAUUGUUUGGGGGUUUGGUUGGGCGGUAGGGUGCAGUUUGUACUGGACGCUGUAGGGAGAAAGGGUGGUUAGUAUAGGGAAUGACCCUAGUUGGCAGAUGCGGCUGUAAUUUGAGGAGUCUAAAAAGAGGUAUGACCAGAAGAUAAUGAGGGAAUGUAUAUAUCUAUAGAUUGUGUUGCAAACGCUUCUCACCCACCGGUUCCAUUCGACCGUCCGUAGUCCCCGAAGCGUUGAACCAGUAAGAAUGAUCACCAC